UCUCUGUUAAUCACUCUCACAACAUUUCUCUUUCUUCAUCAUUUCCUUUCUCCUCUUCAUUCUUGUUUAAGAUAGGAAAAAAAAUCUGAGUUCUUUAAUCAAAUUCCUUUCUUGGAAAACUGUUUUCUUCCCCCACAGAGAGGAAUUCAAGAUUUUCUUGAUCUCCAAUGGAUUCUGUUUCUAUUUCUGAGGUUACUGUCUUUAGAGGUUUAAUGCACGGUAUCAGACAACCAUUUUCUGGUGCUACAAUAUCUCCAAAGUUCUGCUCCUCCAAAGGUGAAGGAUCAAGGGCAAUAACUUCAAAUGCUUCCAACACAAAGAGCCAAUUUGUUUAUGGAGAAAGCUUAGCUACAACUGCAGAUUUAGGUUAUAAGAUGAAUGCAGUAAACCUAAAAAACAGAACAUUGAUCAGUUCUGUUAAAGAAAAAUUAUUACUUGAUGCUUAUGAUGAUGAGUAUGGUGGAGUAGUAGUUGAUCAUGAAAAAUUACCAUCAAACCCCAACGCUUUCACUUCUAUGCUUCGAAAUUCCCUCUCGGAUUGGAGAAGAAAGGGAAAGAAGGGAAUUUGGUUGAAGUUACCUGUGGAACAAUCAGAAUUAGUUCCAGUUGCUGUAAAGGAAGGAUUUGAGUAUCAUCAUGCAGAGAAAGGAUAUGUGAUGUUAACUUACUGGAUACCAGAGGAGGAGCCUUGUAUGCUUCCUGGAAAUGCUUCACAUCAAGUUGGUGUUGGAGGCUUUGUAUUGAACCGACAUAAAGAGGUGCUUGUGGUGCAAGAAAAGUAUUGUACUUCAUCGAAUGCAGGUCUAUGGAAAUUACCAACUGGAUUUAUCAACGAAUCAGAAGAGAUUUUCUCUGGUGCUGUAAGAGAAGUCAAGGAAGAAACAGGGGUAGAUUCAGAGUUCUUAGAGGUUAUAGCUUUCAGACACGCUCACAACGUUGCGUUUGAGAAAUCUGAUCUGUUCUUCAUCUGUAUGUUGAAACCACUCUCUGACAAGAUCAUCAUCGACAAUCUUGAGAUCAAAGCCGCAAAGUGGAUGCCAUUGGUGGAAUUUGUGGAGCAACCGAUGAUAAAAGGAGACAAAAUGUUUAAGAGAGUAAUUGAAAUCUGUGAGGCGAGAUUAAGACAUCGUUACUGUGGUCUUUCUCCUCAUCGACUUGUCUCUACUUUUGAUGGCAGACCUUCUUCCCUCUAUUACAACGUUGUUGAUGGUGAUGAUAAUGAUGCUUCCCAAUCCAAUUGUACCGCUGAUUUUUAUUAAUAGCCGGAUCGAACCGAACCGAAUAAAAAAAAUCAAGUGGUUCAAGUCUGUGUAUAUAGAGGGAAGAAGGUAUGUUGAUGAUGAUGAUCCUUAUGUUCUCAUGUAAUGUAUAUUGUUAUUGAACAUUCGCUUCAGUACAUAGUAAAAAUAAUAGCUCUUCUGCAUAAUCCAU